AUGACUACUACAACACCUCAAAAAUCGCGCCUCCUCACCCUGCCCGCCGAGCUCCGCAACACGAUCUACGAGCACGUGCUCUGCAGUAAGGGACAUAUCCUCGUCCGAGAUGGUAGAAGCGGUCACCAUCACAGACCAAAAUGCCUACUACACACCUGUCAACAGAUACGCGAAGAAGCAUCACCCAUCUACUACACCCAAAACACCUUUCGCCACUACGUCCCCGACCGCGGAAGCGCGUCACCGCCCAUCCGACUCUGGCUCUUCUUCUGGCCAGCAAUCAUAG